CCUGAGCUGAGCAGCUGAGAGGCAGAAGGGGAGGGAGCUGCUCACUCACACACACUCACACUCACACACUCACACUCACUCACACACAUACACACACACACACACACAUACACAUACACACACACACACACACACAUACACACAGAGUGAGAGGAGAGGAGAGGAGAGAGAGAGGGGAGAGAGAGGACUGUAGAAGGGAAGGCAGUCUCCACGGCUCUGCAGCUUCUGACAAGACGGCCCCAGAAACAGGAUGUUAAUGCUUGACGGAAUGCCUGCAGUCCGAGUCAAAGCUGAGCCCCUGGAAUCGGAACAAGGGUCGCCCAAAGUGCGCCGUUACCCUGCGAUGGAUGGCGUCCCCCUCCUCCUCAGCAGAGUUAAACCUGAACCUCCAGAAGACCUGCUCGCUCAUGACCCGCACUUCCACACGCAGACCGAGCCCGUCGACCUGUCAAUCAACAAACCCCGCCCUUCCUCUUCAUCCACCACAACCACCUCAUCCUCCCCUCUCAGAUCCGCUUUCUCUCCAUCUUCUUUAUCGUCGUCGUCGUCCUCCUCCUCAUCUCCGUCGGUCAUCACGUCAGCAUCAUCGGUGCUCACGCCAGGCCCCCUGGUUGCCCCCGGCGCUGGGGUGAGAGGUCAGCAGUAUUUGCACAUCCUGCACUCUGUGCCGCCCCCGCCAUCCAGCCCUCUGAGCCUGCAGGGAGCUGGGAAGCUGGCCAGCCAUGUUCACCGCAUCCCAGUUGUGGUACAGUCGCUUCCCCUCAUGUACACCACUGCCGUUCGAUCACCCUCCAGCCUCAACAACGCCAUCAUGCUACCUCUGCUGGACGAAGCCAAGUGCCACGGCAAAGCGCACACAGACCCCAACGGCCUGUCGCCAAGGCAGAUCAAAAGUGACAGCGAUGACGACGACCUGCCAAACGUGACCUUGGACAGUGUUAAUGAGACUGGCUCCACUGCGCUGUCUAUAGCCCGCGCCGUACAAGACUCCAUGUCCCCGUUCAGUAUUGACAGCAUACGGCGCCCCAGGAGGUCAGAGUCUCCAGACUCCAAAAAGCGACGAAUCCACAGGUGUGACUUUGAAGGCUGCAAUAAAGUGUACACCAAGAGCUCCCAUCUAAAAGCACACCGGAGGACGCAUACAGGGGAAAAGCCAUACAAAUGCACCUGGGACGGCUGCACGUGGAAGUUUGCCCGUUCUGACGAGCUGACACGGCAUUACAGGAAACACACGGGGGUCAAACCCUUCAAGUGUGCAGACUGUGACCGCAGUUUCUCCAGGUCCGACCACUUGGCCCUGCAUCGGCGGAGACACAUGCUGGUCUGAACCGGACGAAGGGAAAGAGAGAGAGAGAGAGAGAAAGAGAGAUGGAACACACAGAUGGAAUAGACAUACAUAUACACAGGCAGCCGGGGGAGCAGGGUCUCCCUCUGAAUGUGGUUCAGCUGGCCUGGACACACACACACAUACACACACACUCACACACACAUACACACAAGCACAUACAUGCACACAUUACACACACCCACACACACUCUCAUCUGUUGCAAUGAGAGAGGAGGGAGAGGUGCACAGAGCUUAUUGAGCACAAAACAGGGUCACUUCUGGAUGCUCACGGGGUUGGAAGGAAGAGACGGCAGGAUCUUUUAUUGUCGUUGUUGUAUGGAGUAUAAUGGAGAUCUGUCUUUUACAGCACUGUUGCUAAAUGUUUCACUUAGAUUUUUAAGAUGGACUCGUACUCUUCAUUUGGACAAAAA